AUGCUGCACCACCUCGAAGUGGCCGGUCUGCCCAUGGAGCAUGCCAAAGAAGCGUUCCACACAGCUGACGUCUACACAGGUACAAACAUGAUGGUGAUGCUGCUUGCCGACAGUCUGGGGGAUCUGUGCACCCAAGGGAUGACCCACUGGGACAGCUUUUACUAUGUCUGCCUGCAGGUUCGCUCAUCUAUCCGUGAGCUCAUGCUGAAGAUGCCAGAGCGCCUCAGGGUCCGAAGCCGAAGUCGCCGCUUGCAAGAGGCCAUUGAGAAUGUUGCGCAGAUGACGACGCAGCUGCUGUCAAACUUGGCUUCAGCGGCGUGCAUGCAGCUGCCGCCGACUUCGGAGGCGGAUCCGAAUUGCCGAGGUUUCUUGGGGUGUCAUGCAUGGCAUCGCAGGCUCGCGCAAGGCACACAUGACCUGGCUGUGCUCUCCCAUGUGAUGCAGACCCAGCUGGAGACAGCACUCCUCUGGGACUCGAUCAUGUUCCGGGUUGACACAGGAUAUCUGCAACUCCCGGAGCUGCCAGCUGAAGUCUCGCUAGGUGAUGUUAGAAGCCAAGACGACUUGCGCGUCAACACCCUGAGUACCUUGAUCGCUCGACUGAAGGCUUCGAGCCCUCGGAGCCUGCGAAUGGUGGAGAUUGGCGUCCACCAUGGCGAAGUGGCCGUGGGACUGUUGCAGAGACACCCCUCUCUACA